UGUAUUUUAACCGGCGAUUUGAAACGGCGAAGAGCGACAACAAGAAGAGAACAGAGAAGUUGUCGGAGGAAAGUAUUCACAAAUAUAAUAAAAUUGUAUUUUCUAAUCAAGAGUUACAUUUUUUAUUGGCGUGAAACAUGGUUGCUGAAGAGUCUUUCAAGUUAGAACAAAGUGCUCUACCAUACAUUAAGAAAACUGUCUAUCAUUUAAUCCAGUAGAAAAAGAAACCAAGCAAGAUUUUGUUUAAAUAAAACAUGAAAAGUUAAUCUGACUACCGAUGAUCAUAUGCGUGAUGAUGUCAUAGUUGCAUUGCUGAGUGACGCUGAUGUCCAAAGUGAGAAUUGUAUGUUUUCUGUCGCAAGUGUAAAUUCGCCAUCUAUGCGAAUGCUUGGGAGAAGUUGCAUCAGACAGAUUAUCAAAAAACUCCUUCAGACACGAUGAUGGGUGCCUAUAACUCUAAAAGACAGGCUAGCAGACAAAAAACGGACCCCAAGACUCGGAUGAAGCACCGAGAUUCUGGAAAACUGCAUGAAUUUGAGAACGCACAAGACUUCAGUGAUGUUCUCCAUUCGUUGUGUAUUGGCCAAAUGAAGGACUUGGCCACAAUGGCACCAGAUGAAACUCUGUCUGAUGCUCAGGUUGAAGCAUUCCGAGCAGCGUUUGACCUGUUUGCCACCAGCUCUAGGGGCAUCAUCAAUGCAGAGGGGCUCUCCUCCUUACUGGAAACAGUGGAUAUGAAACUUAGCCCCUCAGAAACAGAGACUUGUCUACACAGAGCUGAUUAUGAUGGGGAUGGUAAGGUGGGGUUUCAGGACUUCCUGUCUCUAAUGACAGACAGUCAGAAAUUUGCCACAUGUAUGAAAGUGGAGCCUCCACCAGACCUUUCUCAGGUAGUGGUGGUGAUUGACACUGUAUUCUACAAUGCCCUGGAUAAGAUGCUGAAUGCCGGCUUAAUUCCCAGUAUUGCCACUGGGGAGAUAAUUAGGUACUACCACAAGAAAUCGCUACAUCACAUUUGGUGUGCGGCGCCACAGGUGUUUGAAGACCGGGGCCAUGUGCUCACGUACUAUGCCAAGGGAGCUCAUCUUAUAGGUUUACAGCCUAAACAGCUGAUGAAGCAUAUCUUACCUUAUGCCCCAUCAACAAGCCCAUACUCCAAGCGGCCCAGUCUGAAUGUGUCACUGUCAAACACCGUUGUGGGCAAGAAGGUAAUCAAGAAACCCCCUCCAGCUGCAACAGAUAGUCUUUCAGCCAAAACCAGGAAUGAUGUGGAGAUAGAAGAGCAUAUAAGACAGUUGUCUUUUCAGCAUCCUGGGACAGAGACAAAAGACCUGAUCACUCCAGUUAAGGUCAAGAUAGAAUUGCAAAUGAAAAACCGGAAGUGUCUCACCUAUAAUGAAAUCAAUGAGAUAAAAUACAAGUGCAAAAAUGGUCUGAACAGCUUCCUGGACACACUGACCCAUUACAAACAACGUGAUGCUUGGAAGUCCUGGGGCUCCCUUCAGGUCUACCAUCGAGCGCUGGGCUUCAAGGCCUUCCCUGACACCUUCUCCACCUACACCUGGAGCUGGAGUGGCUGCAGAAACAUGCUCCAGCCCCAAGACCUGCAGGAGAGGUGGAACAUGCCCCUUCCUCUGACCACACUGAAUUGAAUUCAUGUUUUCCAUUAACAUAAUUCAGUAUUUCAAUGUCAAUAAAUCAUAAUGUCAAUGAAUGUCAGCAUCUUGGUAAUCUAUUUCCAGUUGUGUGGUUGCCAAAUGUGCUUUUCAUUGCCGGUGUGAAUCAAACGGUCCAUUAGAUUCAUAGAAUCCAUGUGAAACAUGUAGUGCAAAAGUAUUUGUGCCUAUGGAUUUGCCCUUUCAUUAAACAUAUCUCUCUUAUAAUUUGGUUACCAAAUUAAUGCUGUCAGGAAAGAAGGACAAGAUAAAAGCCUUCUGUAGUCAUUUUGUUUGACCUUCACCUUAUCUGGAUAAUGAGUGAAACGUUUAGACAUUAGGGGGCACUAUUUCCCCAUUAAAUCAUGUUUCACAACAUGAUGGCUGGAAUGUUAGGAGAAUCUUGACCGGUGAACCGAGGACCUUAUAAGUAGUGAAGGGGUUUGUGGGAACAGGAUGCAAAACAAUUACAUAGUUGAAAUACCAAGUCGUACAACGAAAACAUUGCCCGUCUCUCUCUUUGCUUUCCUGUUUUGAAUUCCAAUAAAUUAGCAAAAAGUUCUUUCUGAUAAAGAAAAUGAGUGUGCUGAAGUGGAAUGGAAUGUGUAAAUGAACGAUUGUUGUGUUUCCAUGAUAUACUAUGUAAUAUUAAAGUCUGAGUAGAACCGUGGACAAAACCAAUUUCCAUUGACGUGGUCUUUCCAGCACUAUGAUGGAUAAAUGUAGCA